CCAGAUCUUUUUUUUCUCAUUCUUCUUCCCUUUGGAUUCUGUAGAGGUGUAUUCGGUAAGCCAGUCAUUGGACGAAUACCAAAUACCGUACGAGAUACGCCAUCUCAGUCACUGCUUUUCUCCGCCCUUUUUCAGUCAAUGGCGAGCUGGAUGUGGAGCUCCUUGAACCUGGAAAAACCAACGGGACUCUCGUGACUGACUGACUGAGCGACCUCGAAUUCUGGAUCCUCUCUUUUUUUUUUGCCGCGACAAAGAAGAAGCGGAUAGUGCCUUCUGUAUCUCGAGUCUUCUCCGGCACACUGACGUGGAUUCGUGUCUUCUUCAAAUCUUUGGCACCUUCUCCAACUCACCACGUUCAACACCUCACCUCACCUCACCUCACCUCCCUUCACCUCUUACAACAUACCUCCGACCGUCAUCAACUUAUCCCUCGGCCAAAAUCACGACCACCUACGAGAAUUGAGAAAAAGAGAGAAUGUUUGAUUGCGGCUGCGAGUCCAUCUGCCUCUAAGCAGCCGUUCAGCAUCAUCAUUCACUCUUGUCGUCUUAUUUUCUCGUCAGCACCUUAUCUGUUGCUGCAGCAUUCUUUCAAAAGCUGUAUCGCCUAGACGGUAUCACUACCAACUGACGCCACAGCGUCACAUCCAAUCCCUGAUAACGAACUCAGACAUCAUUUCACCAUGAAGUUCGGCAGAAAGUGCGCCUUCCUCCCCAUCCCUCUCUCCCCCUCUUGCCGCUUCACCCGACAGAAACCGAUAUCUCUGCUAUUUUUGGCCUUGCCUUUUACUUACCUGACCGCCUUGUUAUUUCAUGGAAAACUAUGCUUACGCUGUCUGCAGUCUCCCCCGUAACCAAGUCCCCGAGUGGGCGGCCUUCUACAUCAAUUACAAGGGCCUGAAGAAGUUGAUCAAGGCCGCGGCGCAAUCGGCCAAGAACGGAGAGACGGUGGAUCUUGCAGAAUUCUUCUUUGCCCUGGAUCGUAAUCUCGAAGACGUCGACUCUUUCUACAACCGCAAGCUUGGCGAGGCCGUCCGCCGUCUCAGUCUGUUGCGCGACCGCUAUGGCCGCGUUCCCGACGUCGUCUCCAACCUCGACGAGGAUGAGACCGAGGAGCUCAUGGGCGCUCUCUACGAGAUGCGCAUCAUGCUGAGAAACCUCAAUUGGUUCGCCGAAAUCAACCGCAGAGGCUUCGUCAAAAUCACAAAGAAGCUCGACAAGAAGCUUCCCGAGACGGCUUCCCAGCACCGCUACAUUUCUACCAAAGUCGACCCCUUGCCGUUUGCUAAGGACACGACGAGCACGCGCCUCCUCACUGAGAUUAACAAAUGGAUCUCCGCUCUGGGUGACGCCCGCAACGUUGACGACUCCAAGUCGGACAGGUCAGUGCGGUCUCUGGGCCGCGCAUCCUCCAAGGCCAUGUUGACUUUGUCGCAAACCCUACUCGAUACUCUGGAGCAGGCCAUCCGCAACGACAAUGUCGAUUCCCUCAAGGCUGGACUAGACGAGGGCAACGUGACGGGUGAGCAGUCUUCUCAAAGCUUGCUUCUCAACCUCUUGCAGCGUUCCAUUGCUGCGAGAUCCAAGGCGAGCAUCGCCUAUCUUAUCGAGCAGCUGCCGUCCAUUUAUGAGCCCGAGGACAUCAACCACCGCAACUGCAUCCACCGGCUUGUCAUUCAUAUUGGCAGAACCAAGUCAUCUGAUCCCGACAAUGAGCCCAAAUCGUAUCCCUUCCCGAUCGGCACUCAGUUCACUUCUCAUGACCUCCAGCCAGCAGUCUCGCAGGCUGUAGUUCCCCGCGCACUCAAUCAGAAUGAGACGAAGCUGCUCGGCAAAGAUGACGAGGCUGUCCAGAUUCUCGUGUACCUACUCGACACUCUCAAGCCUGAGCACAGAGAUGCGCUCACUGCCAGAGACUCCUUUGGACGCCUGCCGCUUCACUAUGCCGCCCGUUUCGGCUUCGUUGUCGUGUGCCAGGUCAUCAUGGCCAAGAUGCAGGAAUGGGGUCAAUUCAACGUUGAAAAUGGCAUCGAUGCCCCCGAAUGGCAGGAUAACGAAGGAUAUGCUCCUUUGCACCUGAGUGUCGUGGGCGGACAUCCAUUGACCACCAAAGCUCUUCUUCAGGGUGAAAACUGGCAGGGUGUGAGUGUCAGAAAGGCCGAGAUGAGACGAACGGUAUCCAAAUCCGGUGCGGUUCUCGCUAUGGCCACCAAGUCCAACUACAAGGUCAUUGUCGAGAUGCUCGUUGAAGCUGGAGUCGACAUCAAUUGGCAGGACAAGACGGGUGAAACCGCUCUGCACCUUGCCGCCCGAUUCGGCCACGACGAAAUUGCAAAGUCGCUCAUUGCCGGCACCGACGAGCAGAAAGCCGACCUUGAGAUCGCAGAGAACACCUACGCCUGGACGCCACUCCAUGUUGCCGCUGUUGACGGCCACUCGUCAAUGGUACAACUGCUGGUUGACUCUGGUGCGGUUGUCGCCAAGGCCGACUCCUCUGGUUGGACCGCCAAGGAACACGCCGCCCUGCGUGGUCAUCUCGACAUUGCCAGGCUCCUCGCCACUCAAGCUGAGUCUGAGAUUGUUCAGCCUACGAAUAAUCUCAAGAUUUCCAAUGAGAGCUCCCCUCGGUCCUCGUCUCCCGAGAACAUGUCUUCGAUCGAUGGUCGAAAGUCAAAUGGUGCUAUUCGUCCCGUUGAGCCGGUCAAGACCUUUGGUCAUCGAUACCUUACCGAUCAGAGCAUGGUUCUCGUCAGUCUCGGAUCCAUGGACAUGCGCAAGAAUAUCGAGGCCGUCAAACUCGACCGCGUCCCCUUGACCGAGGCCCACUUGACCGAACUCGACACCGCCUUGUCUAUCGUCGUGUCGGCCAGUGGCGCCAAGGGAGAGCCCACCAUUGUUGAUUUGCCUGUUCACGAGACCAUCUCCACAGAGCCUAUCGUGUUCACUUCGGCGGACCCUUCCCAGGUCAAGCUGAUGUUUGACAUUGUCCCAACUUACUCUGGAAAUGAGAAGAACAAGAUUGGACGUGGUGUGGCCCUGUUGUCUUCCAUCAGGCCGACGCUUGGCACUAAGCGCAUGAACCUCCAGGGUGAUGUCUGUGUGCCGAUUCUGGCCAACAACUUGGAUGUCAUUGGCACUGUCAACUUCAACUUCCUGGUUGUCACGCCAUUCUCGCAUCCCAACAUGGAAAUCAACUCCCAGCAGACCUACUGGAAGAAGCUAGCUUCAACGAUGGUCAUUGGUCACCGCGGCAUGGGUAAGAACAUGACGAGCAACAAGUCUCUCCAGCUUGGAGAGAACACGGUACCUUCAUUCAUCGCAGCAGCCAAUCUGGGUGCGCAGUACGUCGAAUUCGAUGUUCAGCUUACCAAGGAUCAUGUGCCGGUUAUUUACCAUGACUUCCUUGUCAGUGAGACGGGUAUUGAUGCUCCGGUUCAUACCUUGACCCUGGAGCAGUUCCUGCACAUCAACCCCGACUCAAACCGCACCAAUGGUGUCAACAACGGUGUCAAUGCGGUCAAUGAGAGAAUCGAGCGCGUGAGAAACAACGCACCUGGCCCUAGACAGCGGUCUUUGUCCAUGGGCUACGCUGGUGAUGGCCUCAACGGACACAGCGAAGAGCGCAUGAAGCACACUCGCGACUUCAAGAACAAGGGCUACAAAGCCAACUCCAGAGGCAACUUCAUUCAAGCUCCAUUUGCCACUUUGGAGGACUUGUUUCGACAGCUGCCCGAGCACAUUGGCUUCAACAUUGAGAUGAAGUACCCCAUGCUUCAUGAGAGUGAGGAGCAGGAGAUGGAUACCUACGCCGUCGAGCUCAACUCCUUCUGCGACACUGUUCUGUCCAAGGUCUAUGAUCUUGCUGGCAACAGGCACAUCAUCUUCAGCUCCUUCAAUCCGGACAUUUGUCUUUGCUUGACCUUUAAGCAACCUUCCAUCCCCAUCAUGUUCUUGACGGAUGCUGGCACCUGCCCUGUCGGUGAUAUCAGAGCGUCUUCUCUCCAGGAGGCAAUUCGGUUUGCCAGUCGCUGGAACUUGAUUGGCAUUGUCAGUGCCGCCGAGCCGCUGAUUAACAGUCCCCGGCUGGUGCGCGUCGUCAAGGAAAGCGGUCUGCUGUGUGUCAGUUACGGUACAUUGAACAACAACCCCAUUAUGGUCCAGCGCCAGGUGAAGGAAGGCAUCGAUGCAGUCAUCGUGGACAACGUCCUCGCCAUUAGAAAGGGCCUGACGACGACCGAGGCCGAAGUCCUCAAGGGCACUGGCGAAGACCUUGAGGAGGGCUCCGAGGGUGAUUCAGCUUAGAGGAAAGCAUAUGAGUACGGUUUUCGGUUCCACAGUACGGGAAGAACUGAGUGUGUGUGAGAGAGAAAGAGAGAUACAUAUUUUACAUGGCAUAGCGCGCCGGAGGGAAAAUUGGUGUUCCAGCUGGUCGACUGUGUUUCGACCAGCUUUCAACAUUGAGGGAAAAGCAGCUACAGAGGCUUAAACAGCCUCUCGCAACCCGUAACAGGUUUUUGAGGGUAGAUUAUGAACAAUACAGUGAG